UUUAGCUUACCUACUGGGUCUAUUUCGCUCAUUUUUCGUAUAUUGUCAGCCAAGAUGAUAACAAAUAUGUGGUUUAAAUUAAGUCAUAAGAGGUUUUCCCAUACUGUAUAAAGAUUAUUCUUAAAAACGCAGAUUGUGAAUCACCCUCUAAAGUUUUCAGCCACAGCUGUAGCGACGGAUAUUUUUCCAAACUACGGUUUUUUGCAAAGCUCAGACGAAAGGUCGUUACCCCCAGAUUUGAUGAACAUAGUUAGCAAUAAAUCUGACCAGGAACUCAUGUUCGAAGACUGUUUGCAGUCCUACGGUUUGUGUAUGACUUUUGAGAGGGACCGGAAUCGCACGGAAAUUUGCUCAGUCGAAGUCGAGGUGAAGAGGACGUUUAGAUCAUUUUGCGAAAUGGUCUAUGAAAACUGCAAGGCAGAGAACAGUACUUGGAGAUAUUUUCACGAUGGUCCGUGUACAGUCGAAUUUGUGGAAGAAAAUUAUGCCGAAGUUUCACAUUACGUAAAACCACAUCCGCCAAUUUUAGAUGAAAAACUGCAUGCGCCAAGUGACGGUGGAGAAACACAUCCGUCAGGUGGCACCGAAGACACACAUCCUCCGGGUAGUUCUGUAGAUACACAUCCGCCAGGUGGCACUGAAGACACACAUCCUCCGGGUGGUUCUGUAGAUACACAUCCGCCAGGUGGCACUGAAGACACACAUCCUCCGGGUGGUUCUGUAGAUACACAUCCGCCAGGUGGCACUGAAGACACACAUCCUCCGGGUGGUUCUGUAGAUACACAUCCGCCAGGUGGUGCUGGAGACACGCAUCCACCCGCUGGCGCUGGAGACAAACAUCCACCUGAUGGUGCUGAUGACAAACAUCCGCCAGGUGGAACUGUAGACAAGCAUCCGCCAGGUGGUGCUGCAGACACGCAUCCGCCAGGUGGCGCUGGAGACUCGCAUCCGCCAGGAGGUGCUGGAGACAUGCAUCCACCAAGUGGCUCUGGAGACACACAUCCGCCAAGUGGCGCUAAAGACACACAUCCGCCAGGUGGGACUGAAGACAAGCAUCCACCGGGUGGCGCUAAUGAUACACAUCCGCCAGGUGGAACUGAAGACACGCAUCCGCCAGAUGGUGCUGCAGACUCACAUCCGCCAGGUGGCGCUGGAGACACACAUCCGCCAGGUGGCACUGGAGACACACAUCCGCCAGGUGGUGCUGAAGAUACACAUCUGCCAGGUGAUGCUGGAGACACACAUCCGCCAGGUCGUGCUGGAAACUAUCCACCUUUGCCCGACAAUCUGCCAGAGCCGAUGCCAAACUUAUAUUAUCAGAAAUUGAAAAAGAAAUUUCUGUUUUCAAAAUAAAUUAUAUGUAUAAUU